UUUGAGUAGUUAGCCACAGCCCCCAAGUGGUUUAAAAUCAGAAUAAAGAGCCCAAUGGCUGAAUGAAGAAUCUCUCCUUCUGUUUCUUUGGUUCCGACCUGGGCUUCUUAUUAAAACCACCGGGUCGACUCCUUUCGAGUCUCCUCGAAUCCCAGUUCGACUUGAUUCUUUGAAUCCAUGAACUUUCUCGCGUCUCAUAAUUUCUCGACUAUUUAUAGGGAGACCACAAUAGCUGUACCGAGAUAUUGUCUAUAUAAUAAUCUCCAACCUCUCCUCCUCCUCCUCAUUGGGAGCCGAAGCCGAUCGGGGACCUCCAUCCCGCAAUCUCCCUUAGCUCAUCAAUCGGGCGGCGUCAAAGUUUCUUUUUUUCCCUCUUGACUCUUGACCUACACAGUCCAACUUAAGUCCACCACCAACACCAACUCAGCCACUAACCAACCAACCCGCCAUCGCCGUUUUUCUCUUCUUUCUUCCACCUCUUCCUUCCUCCGCCCCCCACCCCGCCUAACGCCUCGUCUUCUUAUUAUCUGGCGGAGGUCUCGUUGAUGGAAACGCAAUGGCUGCUGCGAGUGGAACUGAGCUGCACGCCGACGGCGACAUGAAAUCACCCAUCUCCAGCCCCGAAGACGACAUCCCCGACCAGAUCGGGUCAAACGGGUCCACUCCCACGGGCAUCGCAACCCCUCAGCCCGAUCCCGCGGACAAGCGUCUGCCCUCCAUCAUGCAUAACUACUUCCAGGUUGGUUCUUUCUCUGGUGAAAAAGCGAAUUUGCCCCGGCUCUGGUCAUAUCUCUCGAAGUCUUCCUCGGUGGAUCCCUCUCCAUCACAAACACCCACACAAUUCUCCUCCACCACUACCACCACCACCACUACCCAUCACCCGAGCACCUCCUCCGAGUCCUUCGUCAUGAUGGAGCGGGAGGAUGGAGAGGGUUUAGAUAAGAUGGAGGUGAUGCCUACCACCAACCUUCCUACUCCGCCCCAUUCUUUGCUCCAGCAGGAGUCAGACGAGAUGGACCUUGCGUCGAGUCUCGAGCAGACCGACGGGCCUUCGAUAUUUCAUAUGUUGAAGAAAUAUCUCAACCCGUCCACCUCCGUCCCUCCUUCUCGCCGUCAAACUUCCCUACCAGUCUCUAGCGUCUCUGAUGACCCCGUUCUUGCCACACAUUUUUCCAAUCCAUCUAUUCCUUCUGCUUCUUCCGAUGCUGCUUUUUGCCCCUCUGAAGCUCCUUUGCUCAACCACGAGAUGCCGCACGUUUCCAUAUCUUCCGAGAACCUUGCCAAGCUGACUGGAAACGCACCCGAUGGGAAGUCCGUCACCUCCGCCCCGCGCGCGAGCGAGUCCGAGGAGUCGCAAGAGGAACAGCAACGGCAAGAGCAACAACCACACUCGGACGGUAUGGACAGUUCCACCGACGAAAUCGCUAUGAAGCUCGACGAGGCUUUCCCCCGCCAAUCCAGCGCCUCCCCUCAGAAUGGAGCUCCUGUGGGGCCACUGAAGGGUAAAUUGUUUGUGAAGAUCUCCGAGGGCCGCGGAUUGCGCCCCAGCUUCGAUCCCUACGUCGUUUGCGUUUUCGAGUGGAACGAGUAUAUCUCCGGGGGUGCCCGAUCUGGGGAAGAGGAGAAGAAGCGGCGGCAGAUGCAAUCGGAUGCCGAGGCUGGUAUUCCCAUGGCCAUCCCGAUGAAGAGCCGCCAAAGUAGCUACAACAGUGCCCUGGACGGGCACGAUCACAAGGGGCGAACCCCCGUGACGGAUCCCCAUUGGGAUCAUGAGGCGGUCUUUGAUGUACUCGGUGACCAGUCCGAGGUCGAUGUUACCGUUUACGACCGCAGCAACCAAGAGGCGUUCCUGGGCCACGUGCGCCUCGCCAUCAAUCUGAAGGAAGACCACAGCCGGUUGGAAGGCUGGUUCCCACUGGUCGCUCGUGCUGCGGGAGACAGCCAGGUGUCGGGCGAGAUCCAUCUGCAGAUGCGAUUCGAGAUGACGGAGCGUAGACAGGUGGGCCCGAACGACUUCCACAUUCUGAAGCUCAUCGGCAAGGGAACCUUCGGUCAGGUCUACCAGGUUAAGAAGAAGGAUACUGAGCGGAUCUAUGCCAUGAAGGUCCUUUCUAAGAAGGUGAUCAUUCAAAAGAAGGAGGUAGUGCACACAUUGGGCGAGCGCAACAUUCUCGUGCGCACUGCAAUGACGGCGUCGCCGUUUAUCGUUGGUCUGAAAUUCUCUUUCCAGACCCCCACGGAUCUGUACCUGGUCACGGAUUACAUGUCUGGCGGUGAACUGUUCUGGCAUCUCCAGCGCGAAGGUCGCUUCCAGGAGGCCCGUGCCAAGUUCUACAUUGCCGAGUUGAUCUUGGCACUACAGCAUCUGCACGAUCAUGAUAUCGUGUACCGCGAUUUGAAGCCGGAGAAUAUCCUGCUUGACGCUAACGGUCACAUUGCGCUGUGUGACUUUGGCCUUUCCAAGGCCAACUUGAGCCAAAACGAUACCACCAACACGUUCUGUGGUACCACCGAGUAUCUUGCCCCGGAGGUCUUGCUGGACGAGCAAGGAUACACCAAGAUGGUUGAUUUCUGGUCUUUGGGAGUCUUGGUCUUUGAGAUGUGUUGUGGUUGGAGUCCGUUCUACGCCGAGGAUACCCAGCAAAUGUACAAGAACAUUGCUUUCGGCAAAGUGCGGUUCCCCCGCGAUGCGCUCAGCACCGAGGGUCGGAAUUUCGUCAAGGGUCUGCUGAACCGGAAUCCCAAGCACCGACUCGGCGCCAAUGGCGAUGCGAAGGAGCUUAUGGCACACCCCUUCUUCAGUGAUGUUGACUGGGAGGCCUUGGGCCGCAAGCAGGUCAUUCCCCCAUUCAAACCAAAGCUGCAGUCCGAUCUCGACACCUCGAAUUUCGACCCGGAGUUCACCAAUGCCCUGGAGACCAACAACUCCCUGCAUGAGCGCGCAGCCGCUCUGGCUAAUGGCUUGAUGCCCGGGUCCACCCCUCUGUCUCCUGGCAUGCAAGCCAACUUCAAGGGCUUCACCUUUGUGAACGAGAGCUCGAUCGACCACCACCUUAAGCACGACCCUGCUGACCGGAUGGACGAGGACCCCAUGCACGAGGAGUCAUGGCAGCGCACGCACCGGGCUACGAACUCGAACGAUCAGCGCAUGAGCGGCGUUCAGAAGACGGACGGGACGGAGCCAGGGAUCUUCAACGUUGACGACAAUUUUGACAUGUGAUUACGUAUCUCCUAUUGUUCUCUCUCUUUUUCCUUUCGUCUCUCAUUGCAUGAUCAUGGAGUCCUGAUCCGGCAUAAAUUUUGUCCUUGUCCUUGUCUGGUAUAUGUCUCUGGAUGCAUAUCUUGGUAGCCCGCAGCACGAGUAUGGGGUCUUAUCUAGUAUUUGUUUCCAUCACGUUUUCCUUCUCACGUUACCCCUGUUACACCUGUUCUCUUGCUUUUAACGCCUCAUUCUUGUUUCUCUGUCUCUGCCCGGGUGGUGGUUUUGGUCUCUGGCUUCAUUUCGACUUCGAUCUCGAAUUUCCAACUUGCCUCUUCCCUCUUCUGCACUCUUCGCAGCUGUUGCUCUUUUUUCCCCGCAUGUAUGGCUUUUUCGCGAUCAUGCUCGUGUUCCUGUUCCUGUUCCUGUUCCUUGUUCCUGGUCUGGUCUGACAGAUGAUGAAAUGCCGCUUUCAAUCACGGUCUUGAUGAUUGUGUCCCAAUUGUCUUCCCACCCGCGUUCUGUUCGGCAGUUCAGCUACAUACAUACCCCCGUCCCUUUUGAAUUCUGAGUUGUUUGGUAGUACUCAGGAGGGCUUGCAUUUUCUCUUAUUAUUCUUGCGCUGAAUUGAUAUUUCGCGGUUUCUGGUUCUCAA